UUUUUUAUUAAUUUCUCUUUUCAUAUUAAUAUUUAUUAAUGUUAUUAAUUAAUCAUUCCUGAAAUUCGAUUUCACUUUAUUUAUGGUUGGUAAUGUUACCUACAUUAGUUCCAUGUAUUAUCAAUAAGAAACUUGUUUCUUUUGCUAUACUGCAUUUGGUAAAAACAGUUAACCAAAUUUAACGACAGAACAGUAUACAUUGAUAUAAGCACUCUUAUAUAAGCUCAAUUCCUACCAUAUCGAUUUCACGUAAAAAUUCAUUCUUAUAAUUGUAUCUUUAAAGAUGGCUGCUGUCAUAUGUUAUUGUUUUAUCGGUGUGAUUAAAGUGAGAAUAUUUAAGUGUAUUUAAGUUACUAACAUUUAAUAAUCAUAUAUUCAUGGCUACUGGGUUUCAUUUACUUCCUUUUUGGUCAGAUCUCUUAGAUCCAUUACCAAAAUGACUGUAAGAGACGCACUGAAUUUGGCUCUCGACGAAGAAUUAGAACGAGAUGAAAAAGUAUUUAUUAUGGGAGAAGAAGUUGCAGAAUUUGAUGGAGCAUAUAAAAUAACACGAGGACUUUGGAAAAAAUAUGGAGAUAAAAGAUUGAUUGAUACACCAAUAACCGAGGCAGGUUUCUGUGGUAUAACUAUAGGAGCUGCAUUGGCUGGAUUAAAACCAAUUUGUGAAUUUAUGACAUUUAAUUUUUCUUUGCAAGCUAUGGAUCGAAUAAUAAAUUCAGCUGCUAAAAGUUGUUAUAUGAGCGCAGGAAGAUAUCCUGUAUCUAUAGUUUUUCGUGGUCCAAAUGGCAGUGCUAAAGGAUUAGGAGCUCAGCAUUCACAAUGUUUUGGAGCUUGGUAUAUGAGUGUUCCUGGCUUGAAAGUUAUGUCUCCUACAAGUUGCGAAGAUUAUAGAGGUAGUUUGAAAGCUGCCGUAAGGGAUCCAGAUCCUGUUUUAAUUUUGGAAAGCGAAAUUCUUUAUAAUUUUGAAUUUCCUUUAUCGGAUCAAGCUAUGGACAAAGAUUUUGUUAUACCAAUAGGUAAAGCAAAAAUAGAAAAAUCCGGAAAGCAUAUUACGUUGAUUACUCAUGGUCAAGCGACAGUAUAUACUAUGCAAGCAGCUGAUAUUUUAGCAGGACAGGGAAUUGAGGCUGAAGUUAUUAAUCUACGAUCUCUUAGACCUCUUGAUUGGGAAAUGAUUUUUAAAUCCAUCAGUAAAACACAUAGAGUAAUGACAGUCGAACUAGGUUGGCCUAGGUGUGGAGUAGGUUCUGAAAUAGUUGCGACUAUUAUGGAAAAUCCUAUUUUCUUUGAACUGGAUGCACCAGCAAUUCGUUGUACUGGAAUUGACGUUCCGAUGCCUUAUUCAGAAAAACUUGAAUACGAAUGUACUCCAAAAGAUUAUCAUAUUGCUGAAUAUGCUAAGAAAAUUCAGAUCCAAUUUCUCCACUUAAUAAUUCUCUACUUAUAUCCAAUGGAUUUGGUCUACUUUUCAAAUCAGGUUUAUAUACUCCAUCUUUAUAAGCUGCAGGCAAUCUUCUUAAAAGUUGAGUAUCGACUGCACCAACUUCUGGUCGACCAAUAUUAUUGUACCAUCCAUCAUAUCCAGGAUAUUCAGUUGGAUUUGGGUCACGGUACUUAAAGUUGUUGCAUUCAAUAGAUACAUUUGGCUCCCAACAUCCAUUUUAUAAUGUUUUAAUGCAAUUGACUGGAGAAAAAUAAAAACGGUUACUAAAAAGAAAGAUUUACGUAUACAACGCAAUUUUGAAUUC